UUUUGUCUCAGAGGUCAAAUUUUGGGUCACAGUAAGAGAACAAACAGGUUAGAUCAGACGAUAUUUCAUACAGAAGUGACUGCACCAAGACCCAGCACUAUAGAUUACAACUUUUGUCACAGAGGCAUCCAUCUGUAACCAUGGCUACCAUCACGCGGAUGCCCGUUGCCCUGGUAACGGGAGGCGGGAGCGGCAUCGGCCGUGCCACGGCGGUCAGAUUUGCAGAGCUCGGGUACAGCUGUGUGGUGGCCGAUAUCGACGAGCAGAGCGCCAAGGAGACACUGGACAUGCUCCAAACUCCGGGCAUCGCCGUGCAGGUGGACGUUACCAUGGUGACCAGCGUGGAAGCCAUGGUAACCGCGGCGGUUCAGCGCUUCGGGCGGAUCGACUGCGCCUUUAACGGCGCCGGGAUCUUGGGAGCUUCGGCACGGAUCGUGGAGUCGCCCGAGGACGCGUUCGACCGCGUCAUGGACGUGAACGUGAAGGGCGUGUGGCUGUGUCUGAAGUACGAGAUCGCCCAGAUGCUGCAGCAGGAGCCCGUCGUGAGCGACCCGGCUAGAUGGGCCGACAAGCCGCACGUGUGUCGCUUCCGCGGGGUGCGGGGUAGUAUCGUCAACGCCAGCAGCUAUGCAGGUGUGAAGCCCUUAAUGUAUUACAGCCCCUACUGUGCGUCGAAGUGGGCAAUUCUGGGUCUAACGCAGACAGCCGCAAUGGAGUACGCCUCAGACGGGAUACGUGUGAACGCCGUCUGUCCGUAUCUUACCGCUACUCCCAUGGGAACGCUCCUUAAGGAACAGUCGCCACCAGAUAUUCAGCACAUGCUAGACCCUACAGGUCACCCCUUGGGUCGCCAUGCAGCGCCCGAGGAGGUUGCGGAGGCCGUUUGUUGGCUCUGCAGCGACGCCUGUCCGUUCACGACGGGAGAGCACUUGAAGAUCACAGGUGGACUGUGAAAGGAAACUGGUUA